AUGUGCAGUGUGGAGGAAGCAUCAGUGGCACCAUUUCUGAACGGUGACAUCUCGCAAGUAAUUGAAGUUGUCAUCGUCGAAAAAGUAACGGAAAAGCCCACUCUCACCUUUCCGAAAAAUCAGGCCUUGUCGGAUCAUCGUGAACAUGACCUACCUUUUGUAACUGAUCGAAGGGCAUGUGGUCACAUUAUUGGCACUCGCAUCCUGACCACAAAUGACGUAGGUUUUGCCAAUUUCGCGGAGCCCGAAAGUGCGAAUAGGGCUGUUCAGCUUUUUCAUGGGAUGAGAAUCGGAAGAGAUACUUUGAAUGUCGUCGAACAGGCGAAAGAAGAACGCCCUUCUUCCACUGGCACGAGUAUGAAUUCAAACAUCAAUGGAACUCGAUUCGAGGAACCUUUUGAAUUGCAUCAGACGGACGUGAUCUCGAAUACUCAUCGAUGGACAGUGAAAAGUAUUUCAACAAGUUUGUUUGAUUGCAACGACGAAGAUUUUCCGAAACUUCAUUUUACCGAAACUGAUGCCUUCGAGAAGCAGAAUGAUAAGACGCCCCCUGAAUUAGAAGCCGACAUCGAUCUGCGAUCCCUUGCAUGUGACGAACUCCGUCAGAUUGAAGCCGCGUAUCCGAACUUGUCAGUUGAAGAGGUGACGAGGACAAUCUUCUCCAACAGUCGAAGGAAAUCAGUCGUACCUCAAAGUGGUGAAGGGAAUGACGACGAGAUGCAAAUUCUGCGAGGAAAAUCCGAUCCUGUGGCGUCGUUGGGAUUCGGGCGUGAAGAUCACACUGUUUUAGACGACCGUGACGAUGUGAAUCCUAGACCUGAGCAGAUCCCAAAUGGAUGCAACUCGAUGCCAUGCAAAGCCGUGACUGACGAAUUCAACGAUCGUUAUGUUAGAUAUUCAGUUCCAGCUAUCGGAAUCGUAACUGAAAGUAUCAGUGAAAAAUACGAAAAUUUUGACAAAUUGGGUGGGUCACCACCGGAUGUGAAACGAUACAUGAAUCUUCCUCCUGGGUUCUCGAUGUCGGAUUUGUUUAAAUCCAAUUAUUUCCGAGAGGAAACGGAUGGUGCGGUUGAGAGUGGAUCAUUCGUCUGUAAGAUGAAAAUUGCCGGUGAAUGCUACCUAGAAUUACUGAAGGAGAAAUCCCCGCACGUCGAUGGCGUUCAGCUUAGUGGAAGUCAGGAUAUUUCCGCUAUGCUGGAAAUGUUUGCUUCGCAGUUGAAGAAUGGUGCAUAUGACAGUACAGAAACUGUAAAAUCUCGUCAUUGUGAGCCUUGGAGAUCUCCAUUUUUGGUCAAAUCGACUGACGGAGCUACGUGCGUUGGAGUGAAAAGCGCAGAGGCGCUCGAUGGGUAUGGACUCGUUACUGACGUACGUUUGAAUAAACGACACGGAUUGGUACUGAUAGAGUUCCGGGACCGGAGCAGCGCGGAGAACGCUCUGAAAGUUAUGAAGAAUUUUUGUUGGGAAGGCGUACCUUUCAUGUUUGAUUUCACCACACUUGACUGGGAGUCGUUACUUAAUUUUGCCGAGAUGCGCUCCUAAAUCCACAUGCGUCAUGUGCCAAUUGUUUCACAUGGUGCCGGCUUUUAUUCCGUGGAUGGCUUUCCAGAAAGUAAUCUCCUUUUUGACAUUCGCGUGUGCUUCGGGAACAUUUUUUUCCGUGAAUCAUAUCUGAUAUGGUUUGAUGAUGGGCCUUUGUUUGAUGUAUUCGUCUGCCUGAUCAUCCGACACGACUUCGACGGAGGAUCAUUCUCAUUUUGAACUCUAAAAGAUGACUCGAAACGGAUCUCACACCAUUUUAGGUGGAAUCUGUAUUUUUAUCGGUGAAAUCGAAAUCUCUUGUUUUUGCUCUGUCGGGAAAUUUGAAAGAUGAUAGUGUGAGAAUGAAAACCGCUUCCAACUGUUGUAUUGUCCAAAUGCCGUGAAUUGUUGUCGGGAUGUUGGAUUUGACAUUUUCGAACGAGAUUGGAUUGAAGUUAUGUUUAUUUUUAAGUUUCAGCUUGAUAAUUUAAUUGAAUGGGGGCUCUUGAAAAAUAUUUCAACGAAUCGACGCGUAGGCGUGCUACUUAUUUUCGCAUGCAUUGAUCGAAUGACAAUUUUUAUUUUUACGUGACACUUAGUGCCCGCAUUUGUCCUAGUUUAAUCUGGUUUUCAGUCCGUGAACUGUGAGGUCGUUGGGUACUUCCGAAAUCCGAGAUAAUUUUUUAUUUCUUUUUGGAUAUACUAUACAGAAUAUGGUGGGGAACAUUCCAAUUCACAAUUACUAUAUCAAAAUAAUUUAUAUUAUUCAUGGAGAACUGCCUGUUCUUCUGUCACAUCGCGUUUUCGGAUUGUAAAUCGAUGUGCUUUAUAUUUUCUGCAUGAGACGAGCUUAUGAAUCCUACACCUUGUUCAUAAGCAGAAAUUUGUACAUGCGUGCAAAAAACCCUUGCGUACGAAGUGAAUCUUCAUAGACACAUUGAAAUAGGAAGUGUUCUCUUCAGUUGUAUUUCGCGUUCAAUUUUCAGCUUCCUUAUGCAAUCCCUGUGCGUUUCAGUGAAUACUUCCUUCUUCGGCAACACUCGAAAUGCGCGAACAAUUUUUCAAUUCAAUGCCAGGAGAAACAUUUCCUGGUCACGUUUUGGUUUUUUUUAAAAACA